CAAUAGCGAGGGGGUGCUGCUCGCUUUGAUAACUCCUUUCAGUACAAACGACUCUGAGUCUGUGAACAGUACAUUAUUGAAAUCGAUUUCUCCCAAUUGGCUAAAGAAAGAAUGUUGAAGUUGAUUGUAAUGCUUCUGAAUGUCUACCUUGUGAAAGGUACUGUUCUUCUUAGUGUUGCGUCAGAAGAAAAUACGCCUAAGAAUGUCCUCUACUAUUGUCCAGAAACCUAUUACUACUUUCGUUGUGAUGUUACGAGUUCUGAUCGUCUUGUUUGGAGAGUAAAUGACAUUGAAAAACUUCGUCUUGGUCCAACUUUCAAACCCUCUGAUAUAUUCCCAGAAGAACCUCUCAAUUUUUUAUUACAGAGUGUGGUAGUUGGAAACAGUUCAUCUCAAACAACCUUUGUGUCAUAUUUGUGGUUUAAUACUAGUGAUGUGAAUAGUGUGAGCUGUGAAAGUAAUGAGGAGACUCGCACACUUGUGCUGGAAAGAAAUGGU